AUGAUCAAGCUCAAAAAAAUAUUAUUUAUACUUUUAUGUAACCUAAUAGGGGUACUCAUAUUAAUUGAACUUUAUAAUGCUACAGUUAAUAAUAAUAAUAAUGAAAAUAACUAUUUAAGUUAUAUAAAUAUUUGGGAAAAAGAGGAAGUACAACAACAGCAAAACCAAAAAAGUUCCACUGGUGAUGAUACUACUAUUAAUAAACUUUCCUUGGAUUUUAUAGAUAAAAAUGACAAAGAACUUCUAAAUGCAUACAAGGGAUUUUUAAAAAAUCCAAUAAUGGCUCAAUUGUUAAAUUUUGCUACUACAUUAUCCUCAUCUUUGUCUAGUCCUGGUAAUUCAAAUGAUAUAAAGAGUUUAAACCAAGAUGCUUUGAACAGAUUAAGGGAACAUACCAAUAUAAACAUCAAUAAAAAGGCAUUAUACGACUACACUAAUAACGAAUCACCAUAUUUCAUGAAUCCGAUAGACAAUCUUUUAAUACCCAACUACACCUAUCCUUUGAAAAAAGAAGUCUAUGUUGAUGCAGAAAAAUACGUAGCUGAAGAUAAAAUGCAGAAAAAAAAUUGUUUGAUAAUGUUGUUGGAUGGAGAACAUGCUAAAGUAAAUGCCUUUCAAACUAUCAAGUCUUUUGAAGAAAACUUAAAUUACAAAUAUCAUUAUCCUUGGGUUAUCAUUAGUCCAUUUUCUGUUGAUGUAGAUGAAAAUAGUUGGUUUGACAAGGAAAUUGUAUCCUUGCUCUCCCAACAUAAAACUGAUGUAUAUUCUAUUAAAAUAGACGAUUUCAAAACUGAUGCUUUUGUUGGUGGAAAUUGGGAUUAUAUUGCAGGAGGUUGGGUAAACCAUCUGUACAAUGAUUAUUCUAAAUUUCAAAAUCAAUUGAGAAAUGCCCACUUGACCAAAUAUUAUUCAAAUUUUUUAAAAAUCAAUAAGGAUAAUCCAAAAAAAAUCUCCGAAUUGGCUUCCCAAAUUAAUAAAAUUUUUCUCCAGUUUUCUGGCGAAUCUAUUGAGAAAACUAAUUUUUUGGCUUAUGAUUUAUAUAAUCUGGAUUUUUUCCAUAUUUUUGAUAAUUUUAUGACCAUUAAAGCAGGCACUUUAUUGACCUGUAAAUACGAUAAAGCAGAUCCAUUUGAAGGCUUGGAUGACGAUAAAAUAUUAUUUAAGUCUACCAACGUGUUUAAAACCACGGAUCCAUUUUUGGAAAACAUUAGGGAAACUCUAUCGUAUUUAACUGAAUGGACAAAUAACUCUCUAAGUAAAUUAUUUACCACAGAGAACUUCAAUCAAGAGGAGGAACAAAAGACAAAUUUAUACAACGGUAUAUAUAUCAAUGCAGAAACUUCUGUUUUUAUUUCCAAAUUUACUCUGUUCCGCAGUAUGGAAUAUGAAUUGGUCUUUAAGUAUUUGAAUUUCAUGAAGGCGUACUAUAAUGAGGCUUGGUCUGCUUCAGAAAUGAUCAGCUUUUUUUUCUCGCUAUUUAAUAAAAUGGAUGAACAGAUACUGGAAGGUUUUAAUACAAGAAAGGAUUUUGAACUGCUGGCUGAUAUGCAAUUGGAAUUUAUUAAGACGCCUCGGAAUUUCAGAUUUACUGUAGCUGAAUUAAAAUUCUGUCCACUGAAAAUGGACGAAAGUUGCUUAAAAAAUUGUUUUGGCGAUCUAAGGUUACUAAAUUAUAAAAUUAAGGAAGGUGAAGAUGAUGCUGGUGUUGACGCUCCUGAUACCCUGGAAGAUGAGGAAGGAGCACAGGAUGCAAUUACUAAAAAAUAUAAACACCGUUUGCAAUUUUAUUAUGAUCGUAUAAACAUUUCUAUACUGUUAUCCCAAUUAAUGAAACAAGAGGGUGCUAGUAAAAAAGAAACAAAUGAAUUAAUUCAUGAUUAUUUAGAAAGACAGCUUGCCGAUGAAGCAUUCAAUAUUUAA